AUGUGAACAGUGGGCUGCAGCAUUUGAAAGCGAGCUACGUGAUGUCAGCCAAUUCUGCUGAAUACAAAAUUCCCUGUUCAGAGUUCAAGCAGUAGCGCGGACCACAGAACUCGACGUGGUCUUUGGAAUUCGCUCACUAACAAAGUGGCAUUUUUCUUUUCAGUUCUCUACGAAGCCAGAGUUGCUUCAUUGAAAGCGAAAAGGGCAAAAAAGCGAAGCUUAUUGUCAACGAGUUCCGUUUCCUGAAACGAAGAAGGGAAGAAGAGCAGGGCUUGUUACACCACAUUAGAGAGUUUGUGUGUAAAGUAACACUACGGGCAUUUUUGCUGGAUUCCUCACCUCACGGAUUCUGGUACUUGGUUUGGUAGCGGUGGAUGGCGGCGACAACGGAACAAGCUACUCGACGCUUCACAAAGAACUUACUGAAACCGGGAACAGCGGCAGAGAUCCGCCAGAGCGCAGCAGUCGCCUUCAAGCCGUGUACGAGCCCAGUCUCGCAAGAAAAACCUAAGGUUAUACAGCCUCUGGAUUAUGAAGCAGUUCUCAAACAGCUUGAAAAAGACAUUCAGAACGAUCCACUGAGGGAACUACUACUUUUUCCUAAAGAUGAUUUCUCAAUAUCGACAAUCAAGUGGGAGUCACGAACAUUGUAUUCGACUGUACCUGAAAAUGCUGCACUACAUGCUCAUAAUCUGUUAGUUAAAGAGUGCUGUAAAUAUUACAAUUCUGAAUGGCACGUAGUAAACUUUACAUAUGAACAAUACUCAGGAGAUUUUAAACAGCUACCAAGAAAACUGUACAGACCAGAAAAACUACCUUCACACUGUUUUGAAAUUGACUAUGAAGAUAUUGAUAAAGAUGAGGAUACCACAUCCGUGUCUUCAAAAGGAGGAGGAGGGAGCAGCAGCAGUGGUACGGCUGUGUUCAAAUAUGGAUGGCUGUACAAGGGGAACUUUAACAGUGCAGGGCCUGGCAGCAGUGUUGUAACAGUGCGGUCUUUCAAAAGGAGAUACUUCCAACUCACUCAGCUACAGGACAAUUCCUAUAUUAUGAAUUUUUAUAAAGAUGAAAAAAUAUCUAAGGAGCAAAAGGGGUGCAUAUUUUUGGAUUCUUGUACAGGGGUAGUACCGAAUAACCGGCUGAGAAAAAAUGCCUUUGAGCUGAAAAUGAAUGAUCUGACCUGCUUUGUACUAGCUGCAGAAACUGAGCAGGAUAUGGAUGAAUGGAUUUCAACUCUAAACAAAAUCUUACAAAUUAAUCCAGAUGGACACACUCAGGAAAGGAAAAGUGUUGACCUUACAGAUGUUAAACCUGAAAGUAUCAUGAACCCAGUGUCCCCUUCUGAGAGUACGUCUUCUGCAGAUGAUCAACUGCAUCCAGAACUAGCAAAGUAUAUUGCAGAAACAGAAGAGGCAGUGAAGGAUAAAAGAAGUGAAAACAGACUGAACUUGUUCUCACUUGAUCCUGAUGUACCAGCUUCCAAAUCUCAUUAUUCAGAUUUUUCCAAAAAUGAUGUAUUGGUUAAACCCUUUGAAGAAAAGGUCAGGAGAAGAAUUUUGAUAUCCUGUAACUCUCUCAACAUGCUUCUUCAGACUUGCAUUAUUGACAGUACAACUGAACCAAUAACAAAUAUUGAGCCAUUCUUUGUGAAUUUGGCUUUGUUCGACAUCAGGGACUUUCGUAAGGUUUCAGCAGACUUCCAUGUGGAUCUCAAUCAUGACCUUGUCAGACAAAUGAUUUCUGGCUGCUCUGAAUCAGUGGUAGAAAAUGGAGUGGAACCAGCUGCCAACUGUACUACUGAAAACAGUCUGACAGACCCUCAAAUUAAAGGGUUCCCAGAGGAAUGGCUACAUUAUCCAAAACAGGCUCUUUUCUCUGUAACUAACCCUCAUGUGGACAUUGUGCUGGUAGCCAGAAUAGAAAAGGUUCUGAUGGGAAGUAUUACUAGCAGUGCUGAGCCGUACAUUAAAAAUUCGGAUUCCAACAAGACAGCACAAAAGACGUUAAAAUCAAAUAAACAGUUCUGCAGUAAACUGGGAAAGUACCGCAUGCCAUUUGCAUGGGCAGUAAGGCCUGUUUUCAAGGACACUUUGGGAACAGUUGAUAGGGAAUCUCGGUUCUCACCAUUGUUCAAACAAGAACAGAGCAAGAUUUCCACUGAAGAUCUAUUGAAGCUGAUUGCAGAGUAUAGGAGGGCUGAAAAGGCUAACAAAAUGCAGAUCAUUCCUGGCAGUCUGGAAAUCAAAGUUGAUUUCGUUCCUAUGGACCAUCCAAAUUGUUUAACAUCAUCAUACAUCCCAGUCAAACCAUUUAAAGAUACAGAGCAACAUUUACCUACCAUAGAAGUAGAAGAAUUUGUACAAGAUUCAACGCAGUUUUCUCAGCCAUACACAAUGUACAAAAAUCACAUUUACAUAUAUCCGAAACAUUUGAAAUAUGAUGGGCAAAAAUAUUUUGCCAAGGCAAGAAAUAUAGCUGUAUGCACUGAAUUCAAAGACACAGAUGUGGAAGGUGCCAGACCUAUUAAGUGUAUUUAUGGAAAGCCAGGUGGGUCUGUGUUCACCACUGAAGCAAUCACGCUGGUUUUACAUCACUCACAGAAUCCUGAUUUUUAUGAUGAGGUAAAAAUUGAACUCCCUACACAACUCCAUGAAAAACAUCACCUACUGUUUUCUUUCUACCAUGUAACUUGUGAUAUUAAUGCAAAGGGGACUGUGAAAAAGAAAGAACCAUUAGAGACAGCAGUUGGAUAUGCAUGGUUACCUUUAAUGAAAGAUGGUAGACUUAUGUCUCAGGAAAACCACAUCCCUGUAGCAGCCAAUUUGCCACCUGGAUACCUUCAGUUUCUGGAUGCUGGGGCAGGAAAGCAAUGCGGAGGUGACAUCAAGUGGUUAGAUUGUGGAAAAUCAUUGUUCAGAGUAUGUGCACAUGUUGUGUCGACAGUAUAUUCACAAGAUCCAUACCUGAACACUUUUUUUCAGAAGUGCCAAAAGAGAGAUGGUGAUAUAACUAAGUGCCCUAGCGCUUCUGUCCUUGCUGGACUUAAGGGACUAUUGGCUAUAGAAAAAAUUCAUGUGAUCACUCGGUUUCUCCCAGUUGUGUUGAAUCAGCUAUUUCGAAUUCUCGUACAGAGUGAUGAUGAAGAAGUUUCUACUGAGACAAGCAGAGUACUUGUCCACAUUGUUGCUAAGUGCAAUGAAGAAAAUCUCGACCACUAUAUACAGUCCUAUGUAAAGUUUGUCUUCAAGACAGAGAUGUCUCUGGAAAGAACGGUUCAUGAGGAGUUGGCCAAGAGCAUGAAUUCUUUAUUGAAAACAAAUGACAUCCAGCUAGUAAAGCGUGUCCUGAAGCACUUCCGGUUCUUUUUUGAAAUUAUCAUAAAGUCAAUGGCACAGCAUCUGGUUGAUAUGGAUAAACUGCAGUUACCACGUAAUGAAAGAUUUCCCCAGUCAUAUCAAAGUGAAGUAGAUACUCUGAUAUUAACUGUGUCAGAUCAUGUCAUUUGGAAAGUAAGAGAAGCUCCCGAGGAAACAAGAAGUGCAAAUCAAAGCCUUGCUUUAUUUAUAAAGCGUUGUUUUACAUUCAUGGAUCGAGGAUUUGUACUUACGCUCAUUAGCAGCUACGUAAACAUGUUUGGGCCUGGAGAUUGCAAGACUUUGUUUGCCUUCAAGUUUGAAUUCUUACGGGAAGUGUGCAACUAUGAGCAUUUUAUCCCUCUAUGUCUGCCAAUGCCAUCAGCAAAGAUACCAGAUCCAGACAGUACAGAAUCAGACCUAGCCGAGAACCCUCCUGUGGCAGAUUUACAAGAAUAUACUCUCACUAAUGAGUUCUGUCGGAAGCACUAUCUUGUUGGUCUCUUACUUCGAGAGAUUGGCUUAGCACUUCAAGAAGACCAAGACAUCAGACAUUUGGCUUUAGGUGUCCUGAAAAAUCUAAUGGCUAAACAUUCAUUUGAUGACAGGUAUUCUGAAAAGAGUAAACAAGCAAAAGUUGCCGAACUUUAUUUUCCACUGUAUGGCAUGUUACUUGACAACAUGCAUCGGAUCUUCUUGAAGGAAAUUUUCCCUUUCAGUCUGACUCCAUCUAAUCAGGGCUCUAGAGAUGAUCUUAGUAGUGGUGGGUCACAAAACAAUACAAACAUGAAACAUGCCAGUUCUGUGGAUGCAUCAUUCUCUAAGGAUGUUCUGAACUCAAUUGCAGCUUUUUCUUCAGUAGCACUUUCUACUGCCAGUCACGAAGAAUCCAGGGUAUCACUUGCAAGUACUGAAUCUAACCCAAGUGCAGCUGAAAAAAGCUCUGAGAAGAAUGAUGUCUGUGAGAAGGUGACAAGACCCUUGUCUUUGAUUGGAUCAGCCCUUCGAUAUGACAAACUAGACCAAGAUGAAACUAGAACUCUAAUUAUGUGUUUCCUUCAUAUAAUGAAAACAAUAUCAGAAGAUACUCUUGUGUCCUGCUGGCUUAAGGCUCCUAAUUCUGAGAUAUCUGAUUUCUACAACAUUUUAGAGUUAUGUCUUCAACAUUUUCGAUAUUUAGGAAAGAAGAAUAUUGUAAAGAAAAUAGCUGCUGCAGUUAAGAUUGUACAGUCUACCCAGAAUAACAGUACUCUAAAAGGUCCUAGCACCUCAUCCCAGCUCUCUGGUCUUCUUGCACAAUGGGCACACGCAGGUCAUGAUGGGCAAAGAUACAGUCGGUCACAGACAAUGCCAAUCAUUCGUAGCAAAAAUGCACUUUCUAAUCCCAAACUGCUGCAAAUGAUUGAGGGAACAACUGGUAUAUCAGUUAACAAUGCAGAAAUGGAAACACUUCACAUAGACUUGGAAGCAAACAUUGCCACAGAAGUGUGUCUUACCGUACUAGACAUCUUGGGCCUGUUCACACAAAAUCAUCAGAAACCUCUUCAGCAAUAUGAAUGUCAAAAUUCCCUUAUGAAGAAAGUUUUUGACACUUAUUUACUUUUUUCUCAAGUCAACCAGUCAGAAACAGCACUCAGACAUGUCUUUGCAUCAUUAAGGUUGUUUGUAAAUAAGUUUCCUUCAGCUUUCUUCCAGGGACCAGCUGAUCUUUGUGGUGCCUUCUGCUAUGAAAUUUUAAAGUGCUGUAACCACAGGUCCAGUUCUACUCAGAGCGAGGCCUCUGCACUCCUUUACUUCUUCAUGAGAAGAAACUUUGAAUAUACUCGGCAUACUUCAAUGGUCCGUUCCCAUCUGCAGCUUAUUAAGGCUGUAAGUCAACUAAUAGCAGAUGCAGGGAUUGGAGGUUCUCGGUUCCAGCAUUCUCUGACUAUUAUAAAUAAUUUUGCAAAUGGAGAUGUACAUAUGAAAAAUACUCUUUUUCCUGUGGAGGUUAAAGAUUUAACUAAACGAAUUCGAACAGUUCUGAUGGCUACAGCGCAGAUGAAGGAGCAUGAGAAGGACCCAGAAAUGCUUGUUGAUCUACAAUACAGUCUAGCAAAUUCAUAUGCCAGUACGCCAGAGUUACGCAGGACGUGGCUUGAAAGUAUGGCAAAAAUCCAUGUUCGAAAUGGUGAUCUCUCUGAGGCAGCCAUGUGCUACAUCCAUAUAGCUGCUCUAAUUGCAGAAUACUUGAAAAGAAAAGGUUACUGGAAAACGGAAAAGCCACGUACAUCAAGUAUGCACAUGGAUGAGGACGCAGUCUUUGCUAAUAAUCAAUUACUAACAACUCAAGAUGGCAUAUGUUCCUUUUCAAUGGGGUGGCGAGCUUUCACAAUUAUUACUCCAAAUGUGAUAGAGGAAGGAGCUAUGAAGGAAGAUUCCGGGAUGCAGGACACUCCAUAUAAUACGGAUAUUUUGGUGGAGCAGUUAACACUUUGUGUUGACUAUCUGUGGAAAUCUGAACGGCAUGAGCUCAUUGCUGAUGUUAAUAAGCCUAUCAUAGCUGUGUUUGAGAAGAAACGAGACUUCAGAAGAUUGUCUGAACUUUACUAUGACAUUCACCGAUCGUAUUUGAAGGUGACUGAAGUUGUAAACUCUGAAAAAAGAUUCUUUGGACGAUACUACAGAGUGGCAUUUUAUGGACAGGCUGUGGGAUUCUUUGAAGAAGAGGAAGGUAAAGAAUACAUUUACAAGGAGCCAAAGUUAACAGGACUUUCAGAAAUUUCUCAGAGACUACAGAAAAUUUACUCUGAUAAAUUUGGUGCAGAAAAUGUAAAGCUGAUUCAAGACUCGAAUAAGGUGAACCCAAAAGACUUGGAUCCUAAAUUUGCUUAUAUUCAAGUGACAUAUGUCAUGCCAUACUUUGAUGAGAAAGAACUUCAAGAAAGAGUGACCGAUUUUGAAAGGCAUCACAACAUCAAGCAUUUUGUGUUUGAAUCCCCGUUCACACUCUCAGGGAAAAAACAUGGAGGAGUUGAAGAGCAGUGCAAAAGGAGAACAAUUCUAACAACCAGCCACACGUUCCCUUAUGUGAAGAAAAGAAUUGAGGUUGUUAAUCAGACAAGCACAGAACUAAACCCCAUUGAAGUGGCCAUUGAUGAAAUGUCUAAAAAGGUUUCUGAAUUAAAUGAGCUUUGCACGGUGGAUGAAGUUGACAUGAUCAGGCUGCAGCUGAAACUUCAUGGAAGUGUCAGUACCAAGGUAAAUGCUGGACCAAUGGCAUAUGCCCGUGCUUUUAUUGAAGAGAAGAAUGCAAAGAAAUAUCCUGACAACCAAGUGAAACUUGUUAAGGAAAUAUUUCGGCAAUUUGCUCAAGUAUGUGGACAGGCUCUGGAACUGAAUGGCCGUCUUAUUAAGCAGGACCAACUGGAGUAUCAAGAAGAGAUGAAAUCACACUACAGGGAUAUGCUGAGUGAGCUGUCAGCAAUCAUGAAUGAGCAGAUUACAUACAGGGAGGACUUUUUAAGACAAGGACUGGAGCGACAGCACAUUUUUCAAGCAAUCAGUAAACAGAACACUUCAGUGCAAGGGACAUCUAUAGCUGAAUGAUGCUUGACACCUGUAUGGUCAUUAUAAAAUGCAGUAUUAUCCAUACUGACCUUUGGCUCGAGGUCAGGAAAUGAAGACACAUUAUGAAGCAAAGACUGAACAAAUUAAGUGUUUUUUAAUAUUAUUGAAAGUCUUCUGUUUGUUGCUGUGUCUAGAGCCAUUACUGGCAAUUCUGCUUGUAUCACUGCCUGCACUUUUUUGGUUUUAUAUCGUCAAGUGGCUUUUGACAAGUCACACUGAAAUGUAUGUUGUAUAUGACUUAGGCAAACAGAAUCUCAGCAGACUGUAAACGCUUAAAUAGAAUAUUUUAAAACUAACAAUUUGAAUCCUGGCAAACAGGUCCAUUUUAAAUGGCCAAAAGGGAUGGUUUUGUAACAGAUGAUGAAAUACUUUUAUUUGCUAUUUUAAUUGUAAAUAGAGACUGUGUACAAAUGGCAUUUUUACAGAUUUUAAAUAAAUAUCUGAUUUAAGUUAAUAUUGAUGAUGAUACUAAAAGUAUGUGGAUAACAUUUAAAAUAAAUUUUAUUACAGUAUUUGUGACAUA